AUGAGCAAAUCACGAAAAAUAUAUUUGUUAAACAGCUGAUAAGAAUGACGCUGACGUGGAAAGUACAACGGAAACCAGGGCGUAGAAAAUUCAUGACAAUUUUAAUGAUAAAACGUUUCAACACGGAACUGGAAUGCACUGAAACGACAAUAUUUUUCAGUAAUUAACGGGAAUUUAUAUCUCCAUCCUUAUCUUUUUGCGGAAGAUUAUUUUGGUGGGAAACGGAACUGUAAAAAAGUGUUUCGAAUUGUGAAAAUCAUUUGGAUUUGUACAUCCGGCGUUGUUUACUUUUCAGAACCAAUGUAAAUUAGCAGUAGUAGUUCUUCAUCGACUUUCAAUUUUCCUACAUUAGUCUGUACUCUCAAGCGAAUUCUUGCAUUUGCAGAGCCGGUCGAUCUUUUGUCCGCUUUAAAUCCGUAACUGUUGCUUUAUUUUGAAGCUUUAAUGAGUUAUUACUGGAAACCCUAGUCGGGGAGCUGGUUAUUGGAUCUGGCUAAUAAUAUGUAGGUCCUGCAGUUAUAACAGAAAUACUUGGUUUUUGUUUGACAAAAUAAGGGUGUUACGCAAGAUACUUCAGACGAGAUUUUGAUACAAUAUCCAAUGAAGAAACCUCCUCGAAAUAAUUUUUUGGCUGCUUUGGCGGGGUUGCUACUGGUUUUAGAUUUCUCCUACACGCAAGGCUCUACAGACCUUCAAGAUGUGUAUGCCAUAAAUGUUCUAUAUACAAACCUGGGAUUCCCGCCCCUUACAGGAUGGGUUCAAAGUGCAGGUGAUCCUUGUGGUGACAAUUGGCAGGGUGUUCAAUGUGUGGGAUCUAACAUCACUGAAAUAACUCUUUCCAAUUUAAAUCUGGGAGGACAGUUGGGCUAUGGGUUGCAAAAUUUUACAUCUUUAAUAAUUUUAGAUCUUCAAAAUAACCAUAUUGGAGAUGUUAUUCCAUUUCAGCUUCCACCUCACCUGCAACGCUUGUUGCUUUCUGGUAACCAAUUCACUGGGAGCCUUCCAUAUUCUUUAUCAACUUUAACGUUACUCUCUGAUUUGUUAUUGGGUAGCAACCAUUUAACGGGUUCAAUUCCAGAUAUUUUUCAGGAUCUAACAGGUUUAAUUAAUCUAGAUUUUUCUGUCAACAAUUUUAGCGGUCAACUACCUGCUUCCUUGAGUGCAUUGACAAGUCUCUCUUCUCUGCAUUUACAGAAUAACCAGCUGAGUGGCACUGUUGAUACAUUAGCCAGUUUAAAUCUAACAGAUCUAAAUAUAGAGAAGAAUCUUUUUAGCGGACAGAUUCCUCCAAAGUUAUUGACAAUUCCAAACUUCAAGUAUACUGGCAAUCAAUUUAAUACAUCUCCAGCUUCUCCAGCUUCUCCAGCAUCUCGUUCUACACCCCCCCCUGGUUCCCCACCGUCGUCAAGUCGACCAGGGAAUGUUUCUUCAUCAGCACAGGAUUCUCAGCACAAUAAAAGUAGAAAAUAUCUAACAAAUGGAAGGAUUGCUGCCAUUGCAGUAGCAGGACUCUUGACUGCAAUUGUAGCUGUGCUGGUGAUUAUGUUCUUUGUAAUGAGAAAGCAUGAACAAAAGUCAGCUCUAGGAAAGAAAUACAGGGGUAAGGGAAAGAAGAAAAAGCAUGAGGACAAGUUAUCAUAUCAAGAUGUGGAGAACGAAUUAAAGAACAAACCUUGGACUGGGCCAGUGACUCCAAUUUCUAAUGCUCAGGACGAAAGAUCAGAGGAGAAAGCUAUCACUUUGGUGCCAGAUGUGAAUAUAAAGCCCCCUCCAAUUGAAAAAUACAAAGUGCCUGCAAAUAUGUCCAUAUCAUCACCAGCACACAAAAUGGCAUUCAAACCCCCUACUUCUAGGCCUCCAAUAGCCACAACUGCCUACACUGUUGCUGCUUUGCAACAGUCCACAAAUAGCUUUGGCCAGGAAAACCUAAUUGGAGAAGGCUCUCUGGGCCGAGUUUAUAGAGCAGAACUUCCAGAUGGAAAGCUGCUGGCCAUAAAGAAGCUCGACUGCUUAGCUUCCAUGUUGGAAAAGGAUGAAGACUUUUUAGAACUUGUUGCAAAUAUAUCAAAGCUCCGACAUGGCAACAUUACUGAGCUUGUUGGCUAUUGUUUUGAACAUGGUCAGCGUUUACUUGUAUAUGAAUAUAUGAGUAACGGUACACUUCAUGAGAUGCUUCACUUGAGAGAUGAACUUAGCAAGAAGCUCUCUUGGAAUGCUCGUGUCAAGACUGCUCUAGGUGCAGCAAGGGCUCUUGAGUACCUGCAUGAAGUGUUCCAACCUGCUGUUGUUCAUCGAAAUUUCACAUCUAUAAAUAUUCUAUUGGAUGAUGAACUCAAUCCACAUCUGUCUGACUGUGGUUUGGCUACUCUUACAUCAUCUGUUCCUGACAGUCAGGUUCCAGCUCACAUGCUAGGCUACAAUGCGCCGGAGUUUGCAAUGUCAGGAGCCUAUACCAUGAAAAGUGAUGUAUAUAGUUUCGGUGUUGUAAUGUUGGAACUUCUAACAGGUCGCAAGCCCUUGGACAGCUCAAGGCCAAGGCCAGAGCAGUCAUUGGUGAGAUGGGCAGCUCCCCAGCUACAUGAUAUCGAUGCAUUAUCCAAGAUGGUUGACCCUGCUUUGAAAGGAAUUUAUUCUGCCAAAUCUCUUUCACGGUUUGCUGACAUCAUUUCUUUAUGUGUCCAGCCGGAGCCUGAAUUUAGACCACCAAUGUCAGAGGUUGUACAGGCCCUUGUUCGUCUAAUGCAGAGGAUAAAUUCAGGUAGAAAGCGAUAUGAGGCAGCAUCGGGAUCCAAAAGCCUUGAACCUCCAGGUUCUUCCUUGCAAGAAUAGACAAUAUAAACAUUAUUUUAUCUGUUGUAACAAAGAAUUGAUAACAUCAGCUAGUAGAUCAUUUUGCUGGUCACCAUCUGCUAGAUGAAACCAUUCUUUAAACUUUAAAGUCAAUAGUGGAAACUUUUAACCAAUUGAUGGGCUCCAUAAUAAGAAGAGAAGCAUAGAGAAAAUAUUGGUCCAUUCAGUCAUGUCUUGGUAAAAUGUACAAUAUUUACGGCGAUGUGGCUUAUAAGAAUUAGUCUUUGUAUAAUUGGGAGGAGUAUGAAUUGCUGGUUUAGAUUAUCCUUUAAUGAAGAAAUAUAAUAAAUCAGCGGCAAUACAAGAUUGAUUCACUUUUAACAAUCUGAUAUCUUCAGACCUUUCCUGGAUAAUGAAAUUACAGGUCUAAGAAACGUGACUAUUUUGACAA